AAAGAAUCCACAUACUCCUUGUUUUCAGUGUUGAUCCAUCAGACUCCAUGGUUCGGUGCUCUUUGAGGAAACCCACUGUUGAAUUUGAACUGGUAAAACAUCCUUGUUAUCUCUAUGUAGAACACUAUCACCAAUAUGUCUCAGAUCACAUCAUCAUCAUCAUCAUCAUCAUCAUCAUCAUCAUUAUCAUUUUUGGUCAGUAACAACAACAAUAACAACAACAACAACAAUCAUACUAAUAAGAAGAGUUGUUGCACAACAACACUUGUUAGCAGCAGCAGCAUCUCCCAUUUAUGCAACGAUUUGCUCUCAGAAAUCUUCACAAGGCUCCCUUUUCGAUCAACAACAAUAUGCAAAUGCGUCUCAAAGAGCUGGCUCGAAUUGAUUUCAACUUCUCACUUCAUUGGCCAGUUCAUGGCGACACAACAAAAGUUUUAUGGUGCUAGCUUGGUUUUUCUAUCACCACAUCAACUCAUGCUAACUUUCCCUCCAGACCCUUACGAUGAUAGUGAUAACGAUGAUGAUUUAGAACAUGAUCAUCAGAACAAAAGGAUUCUAAUUUCCCCCGAAGUUUUCAUCAAAGGGACAGUGUGUGGUUGUUCCAUGAAUGUUUUCUUGUGUAGUGACAACAGGUACACAAGUGGCUAUGGUUAUUUCCUCCAUGACCCCAUUAACACGGAAUCCUUCAAGCUCCCUUCGCUCGAGGUGAAGAAGGAGUGUCUUCAUGCUAUUGGCUUUACAUGUGAUCCAUAUUAUUGUAAUGACCCUAAAGAGGAUUCAAGGAGAAACUAUCUUGAUCCUAGGAAGUGUUUCAGGGUGGUAAGAAUCAAGUCCUUCAUUGCAAUACACUAUGAAUUCGAGGUUGAUGUUUGGUCCUCAGAGACAGGGAACUGGAGACAAAAGACUGUGAUAUUAGAUGAUGGUUUUGCUUUUGCUCCUCACUGGUCAAUGAGUUUUGCAUAUGAAGGAGGAUUGUAUUUCAUGGGUAGGACUAGUAUAUUUGUUUAUGAUCCUUAUGGACUUAAUGGUGAGACACUUGAUUACCCUGUUGAUUCUGACCCAAUGAACAUUAUGAGCUUUGGUUUUCUUGGAACUUCUUGUGGAGACUUGAGGAUUGCUGAUAUUGGACACAAUUAUAUUAAGGUUUGGGAGUUGGUGUCGAAUGACUGGGAAUUAUUACACCAUGUUGAUUUCUCAGGACUUUUGCCAAAUGAAUUUUGUGCUGAUUACUAUAAGCGUGUGGGGGGUUUUCACCCACAUGAAGGGGAGACUGUGUACUUGUACUCUUUUAAUGAAGGGAUUUAUGUUGCAAAUCUUCAGACAAUGAAAUUUACCUACAUCCCUGGAUAUCAGAAAUCUGAUUUGAGUCCAUUUCAUUUGGAGUUGCCAUUGUGGUCAUCGGAGGAGUGAUUCAGAUUUCAGAACUUUUUCUUUGUCAUAGUUUGUUACUUGUAGAUUUCAGAACUUUUUCUUUUAGUCAUAGUUUGUUACUUGGUAGAUUUUAUGUCUUGAAUAAUUUGAUUGUACUUUACUGUAGAUUUACAUGUAUUAUCAUAUGAUACGAUGUAGUAAACAAAUGAUGAGAAAGGACCAAAUCUUAUUGAGUUGUAUUCCGCCUACUUAUUUUUUCAUGUAGAGAAGAGUGCAUUAAACAUAAGAUUAGGUGACUACUUAAUUAAGAUUUAUUGAGGAACAAAUGAUAAAUAAUUAUUAGAUAUUUUCAUUUCAUAUUAAGUGU